UCUUUUGACUGAUUUUGACUUUUCUCCUUUAGGUUCAGGGAACUUCAGAUUUAAGCAAGCUGUUGGUUAUCCAAGCACCUGCGCCUGACAAAAAUGAUGACAAUGCCAAGGUCAUGGGCAACACUGGUCUUGGAAUGACUAAGAGAGACUACCAGUGGAAGAAAAAAGAUGAGUUGAGCUAUUUCAAAUCCUGAAUGAUGAUGCUGUCAAAGUGCUGCACUCAAUAUACCAGCAAAUGUGGAAAACUCAGCAGUGGCCACAAGACUGGAAAAGUGAAUGAAUCAGGCCACAGCUGGCCUUGGCAGUAUUCCUUGUGGUGGUGGAUUGCUCCCAUGGCUCCAGCUAGCGAGUGUCCUCUAGAAGGUUUCCUCUUCAUCCAAGUGUGUGAAAGUUUUCAAGACGCCCACAAGUGGAAAAUGUACUCCCCCUAGCCAAAUAAAACUUUGCCAGACUCCUAACAGCUGUGUGCAUUGAAAUGACUAAUGAAAGAUCCCUCUGCUGCCUGUGGAACUUUCACACAAGGCAUCGUCACUGCUGCUCACCAGGACCAGGCCCUGAGUAUUUGCAUACUGGACGUCACUCCAAAUGCCCACAACCAGGGUAUCUCCAGGAUGUAAUAAAUGGGCAUCCAAAGAGAAGUGUGUGUGUCUUUGAAAGACUCAGUAAUUUCUGGAAGAGUAGACACACAAUGUGUUUCCAAGGACAUGGAGAAGGAAGAGUUGAAAAGUGUGAUGAAAUGAUGUUUGCGUGGCCUUCGUGGGUGUUGGACUAUGGGUUUUCGGCAACCACUUCCUCACCACAGACAUCCCUGCUGCCAUCAGCCAUCCAAUGAGACUGCGGGUCCUCAACGGCUUCUUCCAGCUUUUGAUAACAUGGGGGAUGAUUUUUGAGAAACUGAGAAUCUGCGCUAUGCCCCAGUUUGUCCGUUUCGUUCAUGAUCUGCCGCCACUAAGGAAGCAUCCGGAUGUGGUGGUCAAGGACCUCCGGUUUGGGACGAUCCCCGUGAAGCUCUACCAGCCCAAGGCAUCCACAAGUGGUCUCAGGCCUGGCAUUGUGUUCUACCACGGCGGCGGGGGCAUCCUAGGGAGCUUGAAAACACACCAUGGCAUAUGCUGUAACUUGUGCAAGAAGAGUGAUGCAGUGGUUCUAGCAGUUGGAUACCGCAUGGUGCCUAAGCAUAGGUUUCCAGUGGUAGUAAAAGAUUGCAUGGUGGGUACAAUCCACUUCUUGAAGUCCUUGAAUACGUAUGGGGUGGAUCCAGCCCGGAUCAUAGUCUGUGGUGACAGUGUGGGCGGGGCCGUGGCAACGAUUCUUUGUCAAAAGUUUGUGGACCAUUCUGAUCUCCCCAAGAUUCGUGCUCAGAUCCUCAUCUAUUCCACUGUCCAGAGCCUGGAUUUCCAGUCCCCUUCCUAUCAGCAGAACAAGAACAUGCCACUGCUCAGCCAGAAUUUGGCCUUCUAUUGUUGGUGUAGUUACUUGGACAUCAGCCCCUCUUGGAGAAGCGCUAUACUGAAAGGCGCCCACUUGCCUGCGGAAGUCUGGGAAAAGUACAGGAAGUGGUUGGGUGCAGAAAACCUCCCAGACAGGUUUAAGAAGAGAGGUUACCUGCCUGUGUCCCGUGAGCCCCUGAAUGAGGCUGCCUAUCUGGAGACAAACAUCAUUCUAGAUGUGAUGAACUCACCCUUGAUUGCAGAUGAUGAAGUAGUGUCUCGGCUCCCUGAAGCUUGCAUCGUGAGCUGUGAGUAUGAUAUACUUCGGGACGAGUCGCUGUUGUACAAGAAGAGGUUGGAGGACCUGGGGGUUAGAGUAACUUGGCACCACAUGGAGGAUGGUUUUCAUGGAGUGUUGACCACCAUUGACAUGAGAUUCUUUUACUUCCCCUGCUCCUCGAGGAUUCUGGAUGCUGUGGCUCAUUUCAUAAAGGGGCUGUGACCAUCUUCCUUCCUGCUGCAGUUGCAAAAGUAUGGAUUCUGCCAUCAUCUGAUUCUCAUCGGGGGUCCCUGUUAUUCAUGUAGGUGAUGCUGGGUAGGGCUGGGGAGAGUGUGGAGGUUAUCAUGUCAUCUUACUUCAGGUUCUGGAAUCCUAGAAUGCAUGUCUCUGAUGUCUAAAAGGAGAACAGCAGAAGAGACAGGUUUAGGGGAAGGGUGGGCUCUCUGUCCAUGAUCCAUGAUCACUGUCAGUGAAAAAUCAAGCUGACAUUCUUCAGUGACCAUUUACAAGAGGGAAUGAGCAAGUAAAGACCAUUCAUGGCCUCCUUGAGGGACAGUUCAGGUUGCCCAGGCUGAUCCAGGCUGUGGGCAACAGGAGUGUCUACUUGUCUGGGCCUUGGAAUAAGCUGGGAGCAUCAUGUGCAAUCUCGUGGGCCUUUUCCAAUCUGGCUCAGAGGGCAGGGGUCCUGAUGUCCUAGUGCUGGGUGGUGGUGCAGAAACUGGUUUCAUCUUCCCCCUCUGGGUACAUGGUGACAUUUUUCCUGCCCUUUCUCUGUCUCUGAGCUCAGAGUCUCAACUGCCUGGACUGGAAGAGUGAAGAUGGACUGAGUAGGUUUUCCAUGGUAGUUGACACUUAGUGGGAGAUAAAGACAGACUGGAGCUCUUGGAGUCAAAGUCAGGCUUUCAGCCAAGGGCUUGUAAACAGUAUUAUAUGUGCUCAAGGAGCAGAGUCCAGAGGGAAGCUAAGUCCCAAGCUGGAGACCUAUGAAGAUGAAAUCUGAUCAAACUCAACCAUGUCCACAGUGGAAAUCAAAGGAGGGCCCAAAGAACUGAAGAUGUGUUAGUGAGAACUAUCACUACUUUAAGACACAGAACUAGCUCAAACUGGCCUAAAUCAAAGAGAGAAUGUAUUGGCUAAUGUAGCUACAAAUUGCAAGGAUAAAUCAGGCAUGGUUUGAUCCAGGAAUGCAAACAGUAUCACCAGCUAUGUUCUCUUUACUAUAGUCCAUGCUUGUGAACCUCACUGUCCCCUCUCUAGAUUUGGCCCUGAGUACCUCCAGGCUUGUCUUUUCCCAUAGUCAAGUUCAUUAUAAUGAACUUAUUUAAUUCUCAGCAGUCCCAGCAGAAAUCACACUGCAAUUUGAUGACUUUGUUGGUUUUCUGAGUGGUGUAUCCAGUUGCUAAAACCAAGAAUAUGGAAUGCUAUGAGUGACCAGCCCCAAGUCCCAUGCCCUCCUUGGAGUGGAGGGUGGGAUCAACUCCAUGUGGUGCUUGGAUGGGCAUGGGGGAUGGAUGAGUUCUCCCUCACAUCAACACUUACUCUACUGUAGAAGCUCAAAUGAAGCCUGAGUCAAGGUCCUUGGAAGUGGUAAGAGAUGUCAAGGACCACUGGGCAAGUUGACCACUUGCCACUUAUAAAUAAAAAUUCCUUUGAAAGGGAUAGCCCAAGCUCUCAGGCUGACCCCACCUGGUCCUCAGGAGGCUCUGCUCCUGACUGGCCAGUGGCUUUUAUAGGCCAAGAAGCAAAGGACCUGCACAAAGUCUACUGCACAAAGGGCCCCAUGUUUGCCCUUAACUUGCAUUCAGGUGAAUGUUCAAGCUGACACAUGGGGCAGAGAGGAAUCCCGCUGGAUGGCUUCUUGGUGCAUUCACAGCAGGAAGACCAGCUUUGUGGGAGAAUUAGGAACAACUCACUAACAGCACAUGGCUUGCUGGCCACUCAGCUGUUG